UCUGCCUUUCACCGGAGAUCGAACGCCGGAGUACUCUCGAACCAAGCAAACAGCCAUGGCAGAAAACGCCGGCUUGGAUAACCACCGUAUCAAGAGCUUCAAAAACAAGGGACGCGAUGUCGAGACUAUGAGAAGACAUCGAAAUGACGUGACAGUCGAGCUGAGAAAGAACAAACGAGACGAGCAUCUACUGAAGAAGAGGAACGUCCCACCGGAGGAGAGUCUGGAGGACUCAGACUUAGACUCAGACUUCAAAGGGCAAAACAUCACACUAGAAGCCAUCUUACAGAAUGCUACCAGUGAUAACGCCGUGGUCCAGCUCAAUGCCGUGCAGGCUGCCAGAAAACUCCUCUCCAGUGACAGAAAUCCUCCCAUUGAUGACUUGAUAAAGUCAGGCAUCCUGCCCAUCCUAGUCAAAUGCCUGGAGAGAGAUGACAAUCCAUCUCUCCAGUUCGAGGCAGCCUGGGCCCUGACCAACAUAGCGUCUGGCACCUCACAACAGACCCAGGCUGUGGUCAAAUCCAAUGCUGUUCCCCUGUUCCUGCGGCUUCUUCACUCUCCCCAUCAGAAUGUUUGUGAGCAGGCUGUAUGGGCUGUAGGUAACAUCAUAGGAGAUGGGCCACAGUGCAGGGAUUAUGUCAUCUCCCUGGGUGUGGUCAAGCCCCUGCUGUCCUUUAUCAACCCCUCCAUCCCCAUCACUUUCCUCCGCAACGUCACCUGGGUCAUCGUCAACCUCUGUCGCAACAAGGACCCACCACCCCCCAUGGAUACAGUACAGGAGAUUCUCCCAGCGCUGUGUGUUCUUCUAUACCACACAGAUAUAAAUAUCCUGGUGGACACGGUGUGGGCUCUGUCCUACCUGACAGACGGUGGGAACGAGCAAAUUCAGAUGGUGAUAGACUCUGGCGUGGUCCCCUUCCUCGUCCCUCUGCUCAGCCACCAGGAGGUCAAAGUUCAGACUGCUGCUCUGAGGGCAGUGGGGAACAUUGUGACGGGGACAGACGAGCAGACGCAAGGGGUUCUCAACUGUGACGUCCUCUCCCACUUCCCCAACCUGCUUACACACCCCAAAGAGAAGAUCAACAAGGAAGCGGUGUGGUUCCUGUCCAAUAUCACGGCUGGUAACCAGCAGCAGGUUCAGGCUGUGAUCGAUGCAGGACUCAUCCCCCUGAUUAUCCACCAGCUGGCCAAGGGGGACUUUGGGACUCAGAAGGAGGCAGCAUGGGCCAUCAGCAACCUCACCAUCAGUGGCAGGAAAGACCAGGUGGAGUACCUGGUGCAGCAGAAUGUAGUCCCUCCGUUCUGCAGCCUGCUGUCAGUGAAGGACUCCCAGGUGGUCCAGGUGCUCCUAGACGGCCUCAAGAACGUCCUCAUCAUGGCCGGGGACGAGGCCAGCACCGUCACUGAGAUCAUAGAGGAGUGUGGAGGUCUGGAGAAGAUUGAGAAUCUGCAGCAACAUGAGAAUGAGGACAUCUACAAACUAGCCUUCGAGAUUAUUGACCAGUACUUCUCAGGCGACGAUAUUGAUGAGGAUCCCAGUUUGAUUCCUGAAGCCACCCAAGGAGGGACCUUCAACUUUGACGCCGCCUCCAGCCUGCAGACAAAGGAGUUCAAGUUCUAGGAGCCGGUCCAUCCGGCUUCACUUGUACAGACUAACCCACCCCAGACAUUCAUCCAUCUAUCUAUCCUCCUAUCUGGCAACCUGCUAUAGAAGGAUUGAACCCACCUACCAUCACUAUUACUCCAACAUGGCCACCCACCUUGCGAUGGAAGGAUUCACCAACCAUCACCACCACCACAAUACUCCACCUCUGCACUGAAGGGUUACUGAAAACGACCACCUUCCACCACAACCUGGCAACCCAAUACAAACGGGUCCAGCUCAUUCAUCCAGCACCAGUACAAUCUGGCCACCCGCGAGGGGAGGAUCUCAGGCAGUCUUAGCCAAUGCUUUGAAAUGUCAUGUGAAAUCACAAGGAAGGAAGAAAAAGCCUUUUGGGGCAAUAUUUUUGAAUUGCCAAAUGUCACCAUUUACACACACGCACAAAAACACACAGUUGAAGACACUUGGAAAUCAUUUCUGUGCAUACUUGUUUUAGAAAACAUCAUCACAGAUGGGGAAAGGAUACUGCUGUUUAUUUGCGGUUUAUUUUUGUGCAUCACCCCCGGAUUGUCCCCUGGUCGUGGACACUCGCACUCUCUUGCUAUCGCUCUCUCUCGAUGGCCGAGUGCCCCCAAUUAAAGAUGUUAACCCCAGAGCGAAGCCAUGAACAGGCAUGGACCCUGCCCCCCUCCAAAGUCCUAGGACAGGAAGGGGCGGGAUUUAGGCAGGAAGAGCAUUUUAGGCAGACUGACUGACAGACAUUUUGAGUCACUUUUUGUUAUUUUUGAGACUUCUCUUUAAUCAUGAUGUGGAGUUAUGGAUUUUUAUUUAUUAAAUGAAAGGUAAUUUUAUAAAAAAAAUAUAUAUAUAUAUAUAUAUAAUGCUGCAAAACUGGUUCAUAUAAGUAUAUAAUUGUUUUGCAAUUUUGCUCUAAUUCAGGGGAGAGCAAAAUAAAAAAGCUUCAUUUUUUUCAGAUCUGGCAACCUGAGGUUGGAGGAAAACCAUAGAGAAUGAUAGAGGACUAUAGGGCCCAAAAGCUCAUUUUAGCAUGGGCAGCGCCAUUGAGGGCUUCCACCAUUUUAAUGUAGUCAACUGGGUGGGACUUCCAACUUGUUGGAGUAAUGUCCAACCGGGUCAUCAGGAGGGUUCAGCCAAUCGUGAAAAAUAAAAUUGACUACUUUAAAAUGGAGAUUGCCUCAAUGCCGCUGCCCAUGCUGUCACAGACACUAUAAUGGCACAGAUACAAAGAUGAUUCCUCUAUCCAUCUCUAUGGGUCCAGGAUGUGGAGCUUCCAGGUUUGCCAUUUUUACUUUUAUAUUUUCUUCAGCCUCAUGCACACGUCUGAGAGUAUUUAUUUUUUUCUCUCAUCCUGCGGAAAGAAGACUGGACUAACAGAGGAUAGAACACGACCUCUGACCUAUACAGAACUUUACACUUUAUUUUUUAUUCUUUUUAAUGAAGAGGUCAUAAGCAUCCUGAAUAAUGUGCAUCUCUUAAACUCGUCUCUUGAGAAUACAUAAGUAUAUAUUUCCAUAAUGCCUGUACAAAGCUGCUGCAGCUGAACAGUCAUUGUUGAAACUGACUCACUCUACAGAACGAUAACAUUGGCUACUUAUUGUCAAAGACGGAUGGGGAGGUUGUUCCGUUGAUAUUUUUCAUUUUAGAUUUUCAUAAUGUAUUGUGAUGACAUGCUGAUGAAUCUGAGAACAGUCUUGUCUAUCUGUAGGGACCGACUGCAUCAUUGUACCGUCCCAGAGCCGGUCCCAGUUGGUCUCCAGGACCUAGGUGGUGUGAGGUCUCGCCCACGAAAAGUAGGUCCAGUUGUCCGGGCACUACUGUAGAGGUACACUACCGGUCAAAAGUUUUAGAACACCUACUCAUUCAAGGGUUUUUCUUU